AUGAUCAUUUGUUGGUAUCGAUUACUGUAUUUAAUUAGUUCUACUCUUAUUUAUGUUUCAUCGGUAUCGCUUGAUUCCAUCUAUCUUGAUUCAAUUCAACGAAACAUCAGUGAUUACACUUCAUUAAAUAAUUUCUAUCGAAGUAUUUUACAAGAUCUACGACAACAUCGAUUAAUCGAUACAGUUGCCUCGCCAAUUAACUUAUCAAAAAUUCGAUCACAUCAGUACGAUGAAGAAUAUAUAAAAACUUCGUGUUAUGAAACAGCGUCUGAUCUACUCGCUGCUCAUGGUUACGACAAAUCAGAUGUAAAUCUAUCCAUUUCUGAUCUUCAAUCACUUCUUCCAGCCAUAUUGUACACUAUUGAAAAUCCAGGAUGUUCACGAAAAUCACUUCCAACUUCACCCUAUUCCUUAUUUUCCGUAUGGAUAUUAGGUUUGAUAAUUAUCUUCCUUAUCAAAUUGAUUCAUUUAUUAAUCUUUGUCAUCAUCGGUGAUCGAUGUCUAUUGAUUAAUUCUAUUCAUAAUUCCAAAAAUGAUUCACAUGAAAAUCCAAUAAUUCGUAUUCGGUCAUCAUCUUUGAAAUAUCGACUCUGGGUGGGUCUAUGUUUAAAUUCAUUCACUUGUGGAAUUAUGCUUGGAACAGCUAUUUAUCAUUUAAUACCUCAUAUCUACGCAGUUCCGAAUGAAAAUUUCGAUUACAUUUAUCUUCUGCGUGCGACGAUUAUUUUCUUUGGUGUUUAUCUAUUCUUCAUUGUUGAGAAGCUCUUGCGAUUUCGAUUUAAAAUUGACGAAACACAGCCAGAAGAAGCACAUCAUGAUGAAGAAGAACUACAUAAUCUAUCAGACACAUCAAUCGUUCAAAUGGCAAAAAUGCAUGGAACAUUACAUACCAACGGCUAUGUAAGUCAUUUGAAUUAUUUUACUAAUCAACAUGAGUAUAUUCAGGAUGAUCAACCAUAUAAACAUUCAAACCCACCAGCGAGAAUACCGUUACAUAAUGAUAGUGAUGAUGAAGAUGUUGAUUCAUCAGUCAAUCAGAUUUCUAUCGAUAAGGAAAAAGAUCUCCAUCAUCAUCAUGGAAGUAAUACUUUACCUCAUCGAACGCGUAAUCUCAUAUUUUAUCAUUUGAUCAAUGAUUUUUCCAAUGAUCUUAUCUAUGGAUGUGGUCUAUGCACAGCCUUUGCACAUGACUAUUUCAUUGGUUCUGUUAUAAGUUUUAUGAUAUUUAUUGAAGGUUUCCGACGACAUUCACAAACUCUUUCAAUCAUGAGUCGUCAACGCGGUGUUUUUCUUCUUUUAAUUUCAAUUGUUUUUCUUCUCUGCGGUUAUUUAACGGGUGGAUUCCUAAUUGAACUUAAUCGACGUCCUAAUAUAAAUCUAUUCUUUAUUGAAAAAGAAUAUAUCUAUUCCAUUGUAUACGGAGCACUUUUCUACACCGCACUUGUGACUUUGAUUCCGGAAUUGAAUAUAUUCGGACAUCAUUUACAAAUGAAUCUGAAAAAAGCAAAUCAAACAACGAAACAACGUCGUUUAAUCAAAGUUCUCAUUCUCAUAUGUCAAAAUCUCUUUCUUAUCAUUGGAGUUAUUAUUGCAUUAGUAUUAGCAUCGAUAUGGCGUUACUAUCAUCGUAUUCAUAUCUAUGAAUAUGUUUGCAAUCGAGAUUCGUCGCGAAUAUUUUGUCAUCGUCACUCGAAAUUCUGA